UCAGCCUUCUCUUCUAAAACCCCAAACUAAUUUGUCUUCGCCCACCACUGCAAACCGGGCUUCCAUGGCUCCUCAGCAUCUCGCUCUGUUCCCUAUACCACAAUACUAUCAAGUAAGAUCUGUCUGCUCUCUUCUUCACUCCUCAUUUCUUCAAAUACGCCUCCUCAUUUAACUCCUACUCCCUAUAUUUUCUUCCAUGUGCUUCAAUUCCCAUGUGGGUUUCUUCAACAAGGUGGGUUUCUUGUAGAAAAUUUAUCACCCACGUCCAAUUAACCCGAUUUAAUUCUGUUUGGGGUCUUGCCCAUUUGAGCCCUGCCGCGCAAUACCCAAUUGCUGAAGACCAAGCUGUUUAUACCUAUAGCAAGGACUCUGUUGGUGAUCGUUUUGUUGAUUUAAAUACAAGUAGAGUUGUUGAAAUCUUUUAUAAUUUGAAAAACGAGCCUAAUCUCGCAUGGUCGUUUUUUACCCAAUUGAAAGAAACCGGUUUUCAGCACAAUGUUGAUACGUAUGCGGCUUUUAUCAGAGUACUGUGUCGUUGGCGCUUGGAAAGGAAGUUGCAGUCUUUGUUAUCGGAGAUUGUUGGGUCAAAAGAGAGUGUAUUGGGUUUUGAUAUUACAGCUUUGUUUGAUGUUCUGAGGGAGGGAGGGGGGGAAGUUGAGGGUGAGCAUUCGAGUAUGUUGAUUCUGGUGCUUGAUAUGUUGGUUAAGGCUUAUGUUAGGGUUGGUAUGUUUGAUGAGGCCAUUGAUGCUCUGUUUCAAACAAAAAGACGAGGGUUUGUUCCUCAUAUAAUGUCUUGCAAUUUUUUGAUGAAUCGUUUGAUUGAACAUGGGAAGAUAGAUAUGGCAGUGGCAAUUUAUCGGCAUUUGAAGAGGUUGGGUUUGAACCCAAAUGAUUAUACUUAUGGCAUUUUCAUAAAGGCACUUUGUAGGAAGGGUAAUUUUGAAGAAGCUGUUGAUGUGUUUAGGGAGAUGGAAGAAGUUGGAGUGAACCCUAAUGCUGUCACAUGCAGUACAUAUAUUGAAGGGCUUUGUUCCCAUAAGAGGUCGGAUUUGGGUUAUGAAGCCCUCCGAGCAUUAAGAGCAGCAAAGUGGCCAAUUGAUACCUUUGCUUAUACAGCAGUUAUUCGUGGGUUUUGUAGUGAGAUGAAAUUAAAAGAAGCAGAGGACGUCUUCAUUGAUAUGGUAAAUGAAGGGGUAGCCCCUGAUGGGUAUACCUAUGGUGCCUUAAUUCAUGCUUAUUGCAAGGCUGGGAAUUUGCUACAAGCUGUGGCUCUGCACAAUGAUAUGGUGUCAAAUGGAAUUAAAACAAAUUGUGUCAUAGUUAGCUCAAUUCUUCAAUGCCUGUGUGAAAUGGGCAUGGCUUCUGAAGUGGUGGAUCAAUUUAAGGAGUUCAGGGACUCAGGGAUUUUCCUUGAUGAGGUUUUGUACAAUAUUGUGGUGGAUGCUCUUUGUAAACUGGGGAAAGUGGAAGAAGCUGUGGAAUUGCUGAAUGAAAUGAAGGGUAGGCGCAUGUCUCUGGAUGUCGUGCAUUAUACAACUUUGAUUGCUGGGUAUUGUCUCCAAGGUAAACUUGUUGAUGCUAAGAAUAUGUUUGAAGAAAUGAAGGAAAGGGGCAUUGAACCUGAUAUUGUUACCUAUAACAUACUAGUUGGUGGGUUUUCUAGAAAUGGCCUCAAAAAAGAGGCACUUGAGCUUCUCGAUUGCAUUGGGACACAAGGCCUGAAACCCAAUUCUGCCACACACAACAGGAUCAUUGAAGGUUUAUGUAUGGCAGGGAAAGUGAAGGAAGCUGAAGCAUUUUUAAAUACCUUGGAGGAUAAGUGUUUGGAAAAUUAUAGUGCCAUGGUUGAUGGGUACUGCAAAGCAAACUUUACAAGAAAGGCAUAUGAACUAUUUUCUAGGCUUUCUAAGCAGGGAAUUUUAGUUAAGAAAAAAUCUUGCUUCAAACUACUAAGUAGCCUCUGUAUGGAAGGGGAGUAUGACAAAGCUCUUAUAUUGUUAGAGAGAAUGUUGGCUUUGGAUGUGGAGCCUAGCCAAAUAAUGUAUGGUAAACUCAUAGGUGCCUUUUGUCGGGAUGGAGAUAUGAAAAGGGCUCAAUUGGUGUUUGAUAUGUUGGUUGAGAGAGGAAUAACUCCUGAUGUCAUCACCUACACAAUGAUGAUAAAUGGUUAUUGCAGGGUGAACUGCUUGCGAGAAGCCCGUGAUAUUUUCAAUGAUAUGAAGGAGAGAGGAAUUAAACCUGAUGUUAUCACUUACACAGUUGUGCUUGAUGGUCAUUCGAAGGUAAAUUUGAAAAUGGCUCGUUCCCUUCAAUUUUCAAAGGGGAGCGAAGAAGAAAAAAUGGAUGCUUCACCUUUUUGGAGUGAAAUGAAGGAAAUGGGAAUAAAACCUGAUGUUGUUUGUUACACUGUUUUGAUCGAUAGUCAUUGCAAGACAAACAACCUUCAGGAUGCUAUUAACCUGUAUGAUGAAAUGAUUGCUAGAGGACUACAACCUGAUAUUGUGACAUACACAGCUCUUCUGUCCAGCUGUUGCAGUAGGGGUGAUAUGGAUAGGGCUAUAACCCUUGUUAAUGAGAUGUCAUUUAAAGGGAUAGAACCAGAUAGCCGAGCCAUGUCAGUGCUGCACCGUGGUAUUUUAAAGGCCCGGAAAGUGCAAUUUCGGUAGUAGACACUUUGAUAAUCAGUGGCUACCAAAAUUUUUUAUAUUAGCCCAACCAUGUGGUGUAAGGUAGGUCGCAAUGAAUUGUGCUACUGAUUUCUAUUCUAAUUUGGAAAUACUCUGAAAACGCCUUUUACAGUGUUUAUAUGGAAGGGUGAAUUCUUGACGUUGGCACAGGCUUGAAGAAAUGGGAGCUUUGUGGCAGGACGCUUGGAAGCCAUUUAUUUUCAGGUUAACUCCCUUGUGAGCUUUAUACAACAAUCCUCAAGGGCUUUACAGAGUGACAAAGCAAAGAAAAAAGGUGCUUUGAGGGACUUAGUAUGGACAUGAAGAUGGAGAAACACAGGAAUUGGCUGAGAUGUGUGAAGGGUGUUGCUGGGGAUACAAUCCAGAGAUGGAGAAAAAAGACUGGUGGGGAUGGAGAAAAUAGAGUUAUCGAUGAGAAACAGAAUGAUUUUGAGAUUUUUCCAUUCUCAUUUCCUAUUCCAAUGUUCAAAACACGGACGCAGCUCCUUGAUAAGGAAAUCAUACAUCAUUCAAUUAUUUUACUCAAUGUAACCUCUUGUGCUCUAAUGAAGAUCAGACCUCUUCGUCACUCUGCACCAAAGGCCAUUCUUGGUAUGGAUUGUUGCUCCUGUGACCAACUCCACAGAUUCUGGACCUCCUUUCAGCUCAACAUCAAAUUUCUGCAGCAACAUGGUCAAUGCAAUGGUCGACUCCAUGAGUGCGAAUUGGUCUCCCACACAUUUUCUCGGCCCUCCACCAAAGGGUAAGAAGGCGAAGUCUGCAACAAUCUGGUAUUUGCAUCCACAAACUCGGUUACUGAUUAUAGCAAUGUGAUGAACAUGAGGGUUAAGUAGAAAAAAGAGUGGUUAGUAGUAACCUCAUUGGGGUACAAUGCUCCAGGGCUCCGUGAUGGAUCAAAGCCGGACCAUCCUUCAAUGUCGCUGUUCCUUGGUACUAGGAACCUCUCUGGUUCAAAUUCAUGGGGGCGAUCCCAGAAGUAUGGGGACCGAUGGAGGUUAUAUACCUGAAAAGGGUGCGGGUUUAUGGAGAAAAUGUGUACAUGGUGGAAAGCAGAAAAGCAAGAGCACAAAACAGAAGUGAUGGAAGUUGUUCUACUCACUGAAAGAAAGAUAUCAGUCCCAGCAGGAAUUGAGUGGCCGUCCUUUUUACCCUUGUAUCCACCUGCACAAGCAAACAUUUCUAGGCUUAACCCGAGUAUUAAAACAAGGAAACCCAUAUCAUGCCUACAUUAAGAAAAAGAAAGCAGAACUUGUUCGUUCAUUAUCAUUGUUUUUUCCUUUUGUUCAUUCAUUAUCAUUUUUUUUUCCUUUUUUUGAUAAUGAAGAAUCAACACUACAUUUAUCUUAACUGUCACAGAAGUAAACUCAAGUGAUAUGGACCCAUCGCUUUACCCUACACCACUUAAAUACUGAGGAGACUCGAACUCA